AUGAAGAUCUUCUCUGUUUCUUUCCUACUGUUCGGACUUCAAGUGUCCUACUGUAUGCCAGCUCGAGGUGAUGCUGCUGAUGACGAUAACGAAACUACUACAGUUUCACCAAUUUCCAACUACAUGGAUCGUCAAUGUGGAGAGGAUUUGACCAAUCUGUGGUUAGACAUUGUCUGUGUCGUGGAUACAUCCAAAGGAAUGACCAAUCAAGGACUGACCAAGGUGGCUGCCAACAUUGCCAGUGUGUUCAGCAUGGGAACUAGAAUCGGAACUCAAGCUGAAGAGCCAAGAACCACUCGAGUCGCACUUGCCACCUACAAUCAGAAUGCCAAAAUUUUCUCCAUGCAGUCUCGUUCUCACUACAAGCAAGUUGUGAUUGUCUAUGCAUCCAGUUACAAAGGAACUGAAGAUCUGAAUCCACUUCCUGUUGCUGAUCGUUUAAAAACCGCAGAUGUUUCCAUUAUAGCUGUUGCUUUCAAUCAGGACAAUGACGGAGCUCUUCUGGAAGAUCUUGCGCUUGUUGGCUCUCCAAACUUCAAUUUCGCGAACACCGAUUCGAAUCCAGUUGGAGAAAUUCAAGGAGCUUUAUUGCAAGCCAAUUGCUUUUGUCCAAACGGCUGGACUCAAUACCGCACUUCUUAUGCCUAUGUCGACUCGUACCGCUUCGGAGUGUGCAUUGCUCCUACCGUAAUUCAAGCUGUCUGGAGAGCUGCCAAAUUGAGUUGCCGCAACCAAUGGAAGAAUUCUUACUUGCUCAAUGAGUAUGACAUCAACAAACACAAUUAUGUACUUGACCUCAUCCAAAACACGACAGCAUUCAAAACACCCUACCAAUAA